AUGAUUUCCACCGGCCUGACCGUGCUGGCCCUGCCGCCGCUCGGCCUCCUGUACGCGCAGGGCCAGGCCUCGCUGCUGGAGCUGCAGGUGGCGGGGGGCGCGGCCGCCCUGGCCUUCGCCGUGCUCUACGGCCUCAGCUACUACCUGCGGCGCCUCAUCGGCCUCAUCUACCUCAGCGAGGCGGGCGGCGUGGUGCGGGUGGCGCACCUCACUUUCUGGGGCUGGAGGCACGACAUCGACUGCCCCACCACCUCCGUCAUAGCACUGGGGGACACGGGGGACAGGCGCGGUGAGCUGCUGCUCCAGUUCAAACGCUAUGAUAGCCCACAGGUGCUGUACUUCACGCUCAGGUUUGGGCAAGUUGUGGACAAGCAGAAGUUCGAAGAGAUAUUUGGGCAAUUCCAGUGACCGCGAGGGCGCCUGGUUUUCCAGCUGUCCCACCUGCAUCAUGCUUCUUUUUGGUCUGUCACAGGUGUCCGGUUACAUCAACUUGUUGAAAUAGUUGCACCUCCUUCUUGUAUUAAAUACCCCCCCCUGCCAAA